AUGAAGCUCACCCCGCUGAUUCCCGUCGUCUCUCUCUCUCUGCUGGUUCCUUGCCAAAGCCUGGUGGCAUUCAGCUCCGCUCCUGGCCAACGGCUACGCGCCCGCCCUCCGCUCUGCGUCGAGGUGGAGUGCGGCGUGCAGCGGACCGCGAGCGGUGGGCUCGGCAUUCAAGUGGAUGAACGGAACGCUAUCGCCACAUCGGACGGUCAAGAGACCUUGCGUGCGGGCGACAUCAUCGUCGCUGUGGACGGUGUGCGCCUAGACGGACGUCCCGUCGCGACCGUGCUCGAGCCAAAGGCAGAGUACAUCUUCACCGUCGAGCGAGGUAGCGCAAGCGCAGAGUCGACACUCCUCCGCCUGACGGCUGCACACGCACAGGCUUCCGAGGAGGAGGCGGCGGAGAUCCUGCGCGGCAUUGAGGGCGCGGCCACGGCGCUGCAGCAGGACGCGGCGCCAGUAGCUUCAGCCGACUUGCUCGGCUUUUGGCGGCUUCGGUGGGCCUCCGACCCCGCACUUGCGGCCGGGUUUACUGGGUACGGCUCGGUGGCAGGCUGCAGGCUCGUCGCCUCGUGGCAGCGGCUGGCCGAGGCGGAGCCGACGCUGCAGGUGGUUGAGGUGAUAGCGGACAGCAACAUUGGAGUCCACCAGGUCGCCGCCCGCAAAGGCAGGUGGGAGGUGGGAGGCGUGGGGGGCAGUGACGCUCCCGCGCUGAGCGAGCUCUACUCGCGGCUCGAGUACGCGGACGCCAUGGUUUCCGCCGAGCCCGUGCGCACCGACCGCUCCCUCGCCUAUGUGAGCGACACGAUGAGAGUCGAUCGCGGCGCCGACGGCUUGCUGCUCGUGUACGUGAAGGAGGAGGCGUCGACCGCGACGGGUGAGCUGCAGCGGCUGCUGGCCACGCCCGUGGCGGGCGAGAGCAUGCCGCGGUGGCAGCAAGCGGACCUGAUGCGCCGCUACUCGAAUGGGCCGGACGCUGAGGCGGGGUCGGUCCUCGGGUAA